AUUGGGAAAACGAAUCGUUUCGGUUCUGGGCCGGGUACGUAAAUAAAUAAGAAAGAAGCCCUAAGUACCUCUCUGAGCUCUCUCGUCCUCUCUCUCCCGCCCAACUCCUAAUUCUUCCUCUCCAUCUCUUAGCUUGGUCACUUUGAGCACAAACUUUGAGUAAGAAUGGUCGAUUUCCUAUUCGAUGAUAUAUUUAGCAUUGAGAAAGUGGACCCAGAUGGCAAAAAAUUUGACAAAGUUUCCCGGAUUGUAGCACAGAGUGAGAAGCAUGGUGUGGUGCUGCUCCUUGAUGUGAAUACGGAGAUAUAUCCUAUGCAUGCAAAGGACAAAUUCUUGAUGGUGCUGUCUCCCACACUUGAGUGGAGCGGAGCAACUGCUACUGGAAAACGUGGACAGGUUGAGCAGAAAUCUCUUGCCGACAAAUUUGAAUAUAUAAUGCAUGGAUUGCUGUAUAAAAUGUCAACAGCAUGUUCAGAAUCUUCAAAAGGAAAACCGAAGGCUUCAGUUGAAGGUUCAAAGACUGAUGUCAAAGUGGAGGUAUAUGCUUCAUUUGGUGGGCUUCAGAUGAUGCUGAAAGGAGAUCCUUCGAGUUGUACUAAGUUUACGAUUGAUCAGAACUUAUUUUUGCUUAUAAGGAAAUUGAUAUGAUUUCAUCGCAUCAUUGAAACUUUCUAUGUUACUGUUACUGUAUUUCCCUUUUAAAUAGGUCGAAUUUCAACUUUUGCGUUUCUUUAA